AUGAAGAGGUUCAUUAAUGUUCCAGGUGAACUUGAAGAGCAAACGGAGAUACACCACUACGAUUUCAAUGACAUGAGAGACAUUGUUAAAGAGCAUAAUCCAGACAGAGUGUUGGUGGAUGUGCGUGAAACCUCGGAAUUUGAAGAGGUUCGAAUUCCAGGAUCAAUAAACGUUCCAUAUUGGACGCAUCCAGAGGCUUUCACAUUGGAUGCUGACACCUUUCAGAAAGAAUUCCAUAUUCAAAAGCCAGAAUUUGAUAAGGAGUUGAUAUUCUUUUGUGGGUCUGGCAAGAGAAGUGCCUAUGCUCAACAAGUCGCCAAAGAAAAUGGCUAUCAGCAUACCUCACUAUAUCCUGGUUCCAUGAAAGAUUGGAUAUCUCACGGUGGCGCUGAAGACUAG